GUUAAGCUAACAAGGAAGAAAAUUACAGAUUGUGGGUAUCACGUGACUUUGAACAACACCAGUGGGUGUGGGAGACGAAUGUCUAAAGCAGAAUAGGAGCACAGCUACACAGUUUCAGAGUUCACUCACGUCUGUGGACAAGCUGCCAAUUUCAGGAACCUGUGUAAACCAAACAGGUGUGGAAUCGGAGUGUUUCACUUGAAGCAUCGUCGUUGGCAACGCCAUCAUGGGCUUAUACACAGCAUUCCGCAAGAAUGGCGCCCCAACAUUCUACGAGGCCAACAAGACGCCAUUCGAGGCUGACCUCUUGGAGUCCGGUCUCAUCUUUUGCAUCGUCAUUCUUGCCUUCUCCUUCUAUGUCGUACUGCCGGGAAUCCGGGGCAAAGAGAAACUCUUCACAUUUACCCGAAUUACAGUCAGCUUAUUUAUCGGUGCUUCCAUAUUGUUGAGUAACUUCGCCAUGUCCUGGGAGGAAUCCGUCAUUAGUGACACUGAAACCAAAUACAAGGCAGGGUCGGGAAAGGACAUUGUAGCUGAGAUAGGACUUCACAUAGGUCUCCGCGGAGUGAACAUAACUCUGAAAGGAGAACCGGAGAUGCAGCUGAAUGAGACGAUCAACUACAACGAGCACUUCAGCUGGGAGUGGAGACAGGGCCGCCUUGGCUUCGGGCCGUUUGCGGGAAGGUUCGCCAGGGAGUACCGUGCGGCUCAGUUCCGAGGGCUCCCUCUGCCAAUUCUGUGGAUAGCAGAAUACUUCACAUUCGACGGAGAGGGUGUCCGCUGGGGGCGGUUCUACAGACAGGCCGGGUGGUACACCCAUAUACUCCUAUGGACGGCGUUUCCAUUGUGGGUCCUAGCCAACAUCCUGUUCUUCGUUCUGCUGCGGUAUGGGGCCUACAUGCUGAUUCUGACAGGGAUCUGCAUGGUGUCGGGAAACAUUAUCUGGGCAACAGUCAGGAACUUCAACCCACUCGUCAUCCCCUUCUCAGCAGAGCACAUCAUGAGGUUCUCCUUCAGCUCGGCGUUCUGGCUGUGCUUGAUAACAGGCAUCCUGUGCCUGGUCCUGGGGGCAGUUAUAUUCGUCCUUGACCUCCGCUACCCUCGGCACAUCGCCACGUUCUUCAACGUGGAUGUUCUACAGGACUCGGAGGAGAUCCAGGUGGAAGAAAAAGAAUCUAAAGAUGAAGAGGUAAAUGCCGCCGCGGCUGAAGUGAAGGACGAGAAUGUUGAGGACGAGGACGAGGACGAGGAUGUGGAGAAGAGGAAUAACGGCGCGAGCAACGCUCCCCGACCAGAAACGUCAAACGAAGACGACAUCUAUGAAGUGCGGUUCGACAUACCGGCUCCAAAGAUGCGAAGUGAGAGGACCUUCACUCAGAGGUUCCAGAAGAACAGGCGUAAGACCAAGCGUCCUCCACCCCCACCUCCACAACACGAAAACAGCAGCGAGGAGGAGGCGUACGAGAACGCCGAGGCUGUCAGAUUCUAUGCGCAGGGAAAAAAGGCCAGCCCUAAACAGGUGCAGCUGGAGAUGGGGGCCUCAUAGACAGGUCACCAAUGAAGGGGUCAGCUACAUUGGCUUUUGGUCAUGUCGCAAGAUAACAUUCCCGUCAGUUUUAACGUUCCAGCUGAAGGUUGUUGAUAUGGGAAAUAAUACCAUCGCUUGUCUCAGGAAAUACUGCUUUCCAGAUUGGUAUACAAAAGUUAAUGUUUCGUACCCAAAUGUGUUUUGUAAAAGAAUUUAUGGCUCAACAAAAAUAAUGAUUUGUUCAUUGGAUUUUUAUUGUCAAAAGAGGCGCUGUUUAACUUUUUGUUUUGUUUUCAAAAACAAUUUCCUCAAGAACAUAAUUUUUGAAAAAUGUUUGUUGAUAUUCAUAGGAAUCCUUGGACAAAACAAUGAAUUAUCCAUGACGAUAUUAAGGGUUUAUCAAUGGGUUUUUUAGGUCACAACCUUGGAGGUUAUAAAAAAAAAUAGGAACUUUGGCAGCUAAAGUAUAUUUUCUUCAUACUUGAUUUUGGAAUUUUACUAACUUUAAAUCAACUUUCAAACAUUCUGUAACCAUUCAAGUCGGCUAGAAUUGGAGGGGAAGUAACCCAAUGACUUACCAAUUCAGAUAUUGCUCUUUCACGUCAUCUUUUCAUAUCACAAUGCUUGUAAAAGAUUGUUAAAAAAUAUAUAAUUUUGUGUUCACCAUUAAAAUAAUCUGUAGAGCAGUUACUGCAAAUUUAAGAAAUUGAAAACAAUUGGUCAUCUUGUCAUCACUUUCAAAUGAAAAUGUAUGUUUGCCUGACAGUUUUUGUUUCCCGUCUGGCAAUGUAGAUAUUAUCACCGUAUUCGUGUACUGGCAUGUUUCCACAAUCAUUAUCUAUAUUCACAAGGUUUUGUAUUAAUCACUGUUUACAUCUACUUAGUAGUAGCUGCACUGUAUUCUUUUCUCACUUAUUUCCAAUCAAUAUAGAAAUGCCAACUUACUGUUGCACUGUAAAUCUUACUGUAAGGUCAGUAUUUCAUGACAUUGAAACUCAUGACAUUAUUCAAGAAAAAUAAGGGAAAAUUAUAUUAAAGACUUGUCCUUUCCAAUACUCUUAUUCUUACACGGACUCAUGUGUACAGAUAAAGCCCCAUUCACCCGCACAAAGAUCUUGAAACUUUUCAAGAAGUGUUCAAUUUCAAAUUACCUUUGCUGUUACUGCCUGAUAAUUUCAUGUUUCACUUUAUGAAUCUCCUUUUCUCUAAUAUCUACAUAAAACUAUUUUCUAUAUUGUUUUGCAUAAUUUUCAAAUAAACUACUUUAAGUGCCAA